AUGAAGCAACACAUGGUGAUCCACACAGAUGAUAAACCUUUUGAGUGUGCCGAGUGCGGGAAAAAAUUCAGAUACAAUAGCAAUAUGAUGUAUCACAUGAAGGUUCAUGCGGGGGUUAAACCUCACUUUCCUCACAAGUGUCAAGAGUGUGGGAAAAGCUUCAGGCGCCGUAGCCAAAUAAUAAGUCACAUGUCAAUUCAUACCGGUGAUAAACCUCAUGAAUGUCCAGAAUGUGGGAAAACAUUCACUCGUCUCGACAAUAUGAAGAAACACAUGAUAGUGCAUACAGGUGAUAAACAUCAUGAAUGUCCGGAAUGUGGGAAAAAAUUUAGUCGUCUUGAUUGUAUGAAGAAUCACAUGAUAUUGCAUACAGGGAAUAAACAUCAUGAAUGUCCAGAAUGUGGAAAAACAUUCAGCCAUCUUCAUAAUAUGAAGAAACACAUGUCAGUGCACACUGGGGUUAAACCUCACACGUGUCCAGAAUGUGAUAAAAAAUUCAGCCGUCUUCAAAGUAUGAAGACACAUAGGAGGGUGCAUACGGGCAUUAAACGUUUUGAGUGUGCUGAAUGUGGGAAAAGAUUUAGAGAACGUAGUGGUAUAUUUAGUCACAUGUUAGUGCAUACAGAGGAUAAAUGUCACAAAUGUCCCAAGUGUGGGAAAACAUUCAGUCGUCUUCAAAAUAUGAAGAAACACAGGAUGGUGACAGCUUUUUAUCCAGAACCUUCCAUAGAUUUUUAUAUCUGA